UAUUUGGUCAUCAGCAUAUGAAAUGCCCAUUAGCCUCGGAAAUCUUUGAAGAUAAGGAAUUACGUCAGGAGCAUUAUGGCCUCUGAUUGGCCGAGUCGAUCAGGUUUUGUUUAUCAACUAUUUGAUAUUGUUAUAAUUUGAUCAGAGGCACCGCUCCUAUGUCACCUAAGUCCAACUUGAGCCCAGUUAUAUUGACGAUCCACGAAGACAAGACACGUUGGAGAAAGUAAGGAUAUUUUGCAAAAAUAAAGAAAAACAUUAAUUAAAAAGGAGACGGUGUUCAUAUUUGUAAAGUAGAUCCUCUAGAAACGGACGUCCACGUGGUGACAGGUUCUCGACCAGGAUUUAGCAAGAGCUGAAGAGUAAGAGUCGUGUCAAGUGGUUCAUAGGGCGAGAGUCGGGCCAUAAAGUUAUAAACAUGGUACAAGAGUUUGGGGAGACAUUGCACUACACGGCGGGUACACGACAACCAACAACAAUGUCGCUAAAUCCCUUCCUUACAACGCAGCAACAGGGCGGCUACCCUCAAGACUUCGGACCAGCGUUUCAGAUCUCCCCGAUGGAGAGCCAAAUGCAACAGCAGUGGGGUAUGUACGCUGGGUCGAGAUCAGCCGCUGGGCUCGAGGAAUGGCAACAAGCGUUCGCUGCCCAGGCGCAGAACGCCGGAGCAUACGCUGCUCAUUUUAACCAAACUGGACAUCCCGCGCCGAUGUCCGCAUCCGUGAAUACCACAUCGCCAAGGCAACAGAACCGUGCUCCAUUCGACUGGAUGAAGCGUCAGACGUACGCAGCACAACCAGCGGCAGGAAAAACCCGAACGAAAGACAAGUACAGAGUUGUGUACAGUGAUCAUCAGAGACUAGAGCUUGAGAAAGAGUUCCACUACAGUAGAUAUAUCACUAUACGUCGUAAAGCAGAACUAGCACAGGCGCUUAGUCUUUCCGAACGACAGGUAAAAAUAUGGUUCCAGAAUCGCAGAGCCAAAGAACGUAAAUGUAACAAAAAGAAGGAUGAGCAAAAUUCUAUCUUGGGCAAAGAAGACUCAGAACUAAUUGUCUCAGAACAUUUAACGCAGGAACAUGUGCAUCAGGCCCUAAGUGCCCAACAACACGUGGUAUAAUUCGAGAGUACACGAGAAACUUCGAGAAAAUUCGUUAUUUGAAACUCAGGAAGGCGUUACAACUGACAACGUGUGGAUAUGGCUUAUUAACUGUACAUACACACUGAUAUACCAGCUAUAGUAUUGUGGUAGUGAUAAUGAGAGACUAAAGUAUUUAUUAUUUUGUAUAUAUUUUCAAAGUACGGAGAUAUUAUAUCGGUGAUAGAUGUGCCAAAUGAAAUUUAUUAGCUAGAAACAUUAGACGUGGGACCUGAAUACUCGGUUUAGACCCCUAAUGAUAGAUAUACAUAGAUGGGGCUCCCCCGGGGUACAGUUGAACUCACAUUGUCGGAUGUAUCCCAUAAAUCUCAAUGUCUGUGAUGGCCCUGGGUGAGACCCAUGUAGUUUGAUAUAUAAAAUUACGUCUUCACAUGAUGAUAUUAGCAAGUCAUUUGCACAUCAAGGUCUCAACUUAAAAGAAAUCAGAAUAUGAAUCUAAAUAAAUACAUGUUCAUAUUUCUUUUCAAACUACAAUUCAAUUUACCAUGUGACCUUGAAUAAGCAUUUUUUGAGACAUUAGAAUUACAUUGUGAUAUUAGACUCUAGAGUUUAGGCUAUAGCAACUAACCAUGUAUUCAUAUGGUAACUUAGCAGUUAUAAAUACGACCAAUCAGAUGCCGAUUUAAUCACCGCUAGAUGGAGCUAUACGUAAAGGUGGCGCUAAAUGUGCAAUAAAAUAAAAUGUAAUUGAGUGACACUAGUCUAGGUUAAUAAAAAUGCAUUCCAUGAUAUAUUUAUCCCAACAUUAUAGAUGACAAUGUGCGUUGUUAAGUCGCGGUUUGUGAAUUGUGUCUCCAGCCCAUCCCCCAUAUAAAUUUUCCUAUCCAGUGUAUAUGCAUGUUAACAGAGGGAAGGAGUGUGUGUGGGUGGGGGGGGGGGGGGGGUACAAAUUCACAUUUUCGGACUGAGUAGUGCUCUUGUGGCGAAAACACACCUUUUGUCAUUGUAUAAUAGUUUAAGAAGCUUGUAAAUAAUAGUUUAGCUGCAAGCCUUUGUGCCCCACACACCUCCCAACAAAAUGAGAAGUUUUCAUACCUGUCUAGUCAGGUAGUGGGAGUGGUCAGGGGGGGGGGGGGGGUCACAGGAGCUUGUAGCUAGACUAAAUAAUAAAGUAUAGCAACUGUAUAAAGUGAUAACAUUAUGGAUAUGAUAAUACACCAG